AUGCGGAAAAUUUGCAAAUUUUGUUAUUGUAACAAUGAAAAGGUAUCCAAAAAAAAAAUCGCAACACAUAUCAAAAAUAAUUGUCCGUUGUUCGGUGAAAAUGGUUUGCAUGCAUUGAUAUCUUUAUAUAAAAUUAUAUUGAAAAAUACAACGAAAACAGCAUCGAUUAAGCAACCUUAUAAAAAAAUUGUAAACAAAAUCACUGAAAUUGAUGAGAAAAUUGAGAAUCUAAAUGAAGGUGAUUAUCAACAAAUUAAAGAUAUAAUUUUGAAAAAAUUACAUCAGGAAAUGAAUUCAACCAUUCAUCAGAAGGUAAACUUUGUAUCUUAUAACAAAGAAUUCGUUAAAGAAUAUGAAGAAUUGGUGAAAAUUGCCUUAGAAUUUCAAUUAAUUGAAAAUUUUAAUAAACAAUAUAAAGAAAAGUUAAUGGAACCAGGAUUAAAAGAUAAAUUUCUUGAUAGUUUAAAAAAAGUUCAAAAUCUAUUAAAGAACAGAUGGGAAAAAAAAGAGAUAUAUGAUAUUAAAGUAUGGCUUAAAGAUUUAGAGCGCAGAUUAAGGAUAUUGGAUGAUCCCCCAAGUUAUUAUGAAGCUUUAGCAGUUGUAAACAGAGCAUUUGAAUUAUGUAUUGGACAUACACUACGUUUACCACAAAUAUUAGCAUUAAUAUUAUUUAAUCAAAAAUCACCAGAUUCUGGAUUAUUAUGUCAAAUACAGACUGGCGAAGGGAAAACAUUCGUAAUUGCAGCCAUAGCUAUUUUAAAAAUAUUAUUAGACGGUGUGAAAACAAUUGAUAUAAUUACAAGCAACAAUGUGUUGGCAAGAGACGCUGUAUCUGUAACCAAAAAUUUAUAUCAAUUAUUUGAUAUCACAGUUGACAUCAAUACAGAAUUAAAAAGUGAUCAAAAAGCUUGUUAUAAUGCAAAUGUUGUGUAUGGUUCUAUGUCAAGUUUCCAAUUUGAUUUUCUUAAUCAUGAUUUUAAUGGAUUAGGGACUCGCUUGGGUAGAAAAUUCGAAUAUGUAAUACUAGACGAAGUAGAUAACAUGUUAAUUGAUAAUGGUGGUAAUAUUGUGAAAUUAGCUGAAGUAUUUCCUGGCAUGGAAAAUUUAAUUUACAUAUACAUUGAAAUCUGGAAUGAUUUAAAUAUAUUUGGAAAAACAUUUGAUACAAAUAGCACAGCUGAUGAAGAUCAAAUCGAAAGUAAAAUAGAUGAAUGGAGGAAAAUAAUUCAGGGUAAAAUUGAAAAUAAUAUGGAAUCAUUUUUAAUUCCAUUACAUUUAAUGGAAUAUGUAAAAAAUGUACUUCCAAAAUGGAUUGAUAAUGCAAUUUAUGCUAAAUAUGAUUGUAUUGAAAAUAUAAAUUACAUAAUACAAACAGAAAGCGCAAAAGGUGGUGAACAAAUAAUUGUACCGGUUGAUUAUACAAACACUGGCGUAACUUUAAAAAAUACAAUGUGGUCACAUGGUCUACAUCAAUUUUUACAAUUAAAACAUAAUUUACAAGUUCAUGCGGAAAAUAUGACAAGUUGUUGUAUAUCAAAUUAUGCGUACAUACGAAAAUAUGGCACUAAUUUAAUUGGUUUAACUGGCACUAUUGGUGGAGAGGGGGAACAAGAUUUACUCAAAGCUAUUUAUAAAGUUGAUUUUAUAUCGCUGCCAACAUUUAAGGUAAAACAAUUUGAAAAGUAUCCAGAAAUAAUUGUACCCGACAUAGAAUGGCUUGAUAAAAUAACCGAACUAUGCUUGUUUAUGUUGUUACAAAAGCGUGCUGUGUUAGUUGUAUGUUUAACAAUCGCUGAUGCUAACGAUGUUUAUAACGAAUUAAUUCAAUUAAAAUCAACAUACAUCGAUCUAAAUCCAACAAUUCAUAAAUAUCUAAGUGAGAAUGAAAGUCACGUAACAGAUGAAUUUAUUGAUUCUGGUACAAUUAUUGUUGCAACAAAUAUUGCUGGACGUGGUACAGAUUUUAAAACAACCAAACAAUUAGAAGAUCAUGGUGGGUUACAUAUAUGUGUUACGUUCUGUCCAGAAAGUAAACGGGUUCAAGAUCAAGUCUUUUAUCGUACUUCACGACAAGGAAAUAAAGGUUCAGCAGCCGAAGAAUGCUUAAAUAAUUCAUUAGAAAUGUCUAAAGAUACAUUAAGUGAAGCACAUUAUUUGUUAUCAGAGAUUGCAAUGGAACGUGGUGGUGUUUUAAUGACACGAAUCAAAAAUAUUCUAAAAACUGUAUUGGAUAUUUAA